AUCCAUAUGUGAAAAUUCAUCUGAUGCAAAAUGGGAAACGGUUGAAGAAGAAGAAGACAACAAUUAAGAAGAACACUCUGAAUCCUUAUUACAAUGAAUCAUUCAGCUUUGAAGUACCAUUUGAGCAAAUCCAGAAAGUGCAAGUUGUUGUGACUGUUUUGGACUAUGACAAGAUUGGCAAGAAUGAUGCCAUUGGCAAAGUCUUUGUGGGCUACAACAGCACUGGUGCGGAGCUGCGACAUUGGUCAGACAUGUUGGCCAACCCAAGGCGACCCAUUGCACAGUGGCAUACCUUACAGCCAGAGGAAGAAGUAGAUGCCAUGCUUGCAGUCAAAAAGUAGGAAGAAAGCAAAAUGUGAAAAGAAGGCCUUUCUGCAUUUGCCCAUAUAGUGCUCUUUAGCCAGUAUCUGUAAAUACCUCAGUAAUAUGGGUCCUUUUA